GGACAUUCAAACUACCAAGACUGAUGUUUUUAAAUUAAAUAUUGUUUUAAAUCCUUGAAUAAUUCGUUUCUGACCCUUCAUAUCAUUUUGAAUUGCUGUAUUUUUACAUAUACUCUUAAAAUAGGCCAGAGACUUUUUUCGCUAAAAAAUAUAGUCAAAGUUAUUUUCUCUCUUCAGGGCUCUGUUGUACGGUGGCAUGAAUGAGUUCCAGCAGGCCGAGGUGGAGCUGCUGUGCUCCCAACUGCAACGCGUUCAAAGCCCUGCUGCGCGACAUCUACACGGGCCAAAUGUCUCUGUCAGCCAUGAAGGAGGAGACGUACGGUGCUGGAGGUGCUUGGCCUUCGAGGAGCUGGAGCACUCACUCGCCGACUACCUCCGGUAGAUCUUGAACGUGCGCAACGCCUGCAUUAUCUUUGGCGCUGCCACACUGUACCGCAGAUGCGGUCACUGGUCCAAAUAAUGUGUCUCUCCUUCAUGGACAGACAGGCUGCUGAAGUUCUGCUUCAAGAUGGCUUCACUCGCCUUUCUCUGUUUUCUCUGGAAACGUGUUGGUGUCUAGGGACUUGUUCUGCGCUCCAGAGAUUCAGAUUUUCGAAGCCAUCGGCCGAUGGGUUCAGAACAAUGAUGAGGAAAUUAUUCAGAGGGCGCUGGCGCUCAUCUGACUGCCGCUGAUCGAGCUGCCAGACCUGCUGAACAAGGUCCGACCCACACAGGGCUGAUCAACCCUGAUGCCAUACUCGACGCCAUACAGAACCGCACCGCCAUGAAAACCGCGGCUUCAUGCUGCCUAAGGAGAACGUGGCCCACGGAAAACACGGAACGCAGGUGUUGCAAGGUGAGGUGCGUUCGGCUCUUUUGGAUGGCUAACUACGACACGGAGAGAGGCUACACAAGACAUGGAAUCACUGCCGGCGGCGACUCUGGCAUUCUCAUCAAACUGGGAAUGCCGUGCAUCAUUAACCAUAUGAAAAUGAUCCUCUGGGACAAGGAUGUCAGAUCCUACUGCUACUUCAUUGAGGUGUCGAUGGACACGGUCGAUUGGGUGAAAGUGAUCGACCACACGUACUGCUAUUGCCGCUCAUGGCAGUAUAUUUGUACUUUGAACCAAGAGUGGUCCAAAGUACAUCAGAAUCGUCGGUACUCACAACUCACAACACAGUGGACAAAGGUGUUUCACGUUGUCACCUUCGAGGCUGUGUACGACAGCAAGCAGUUCACCAUCGAAAAGAGGAUGAUUGCUCCUACUGAAAACGUGGCAGUGCAGACCCUGAGUGCGUCUGUGAUCGUGGGUGUGAGUCGUAGUCGAAACGCACUCUUGAAUGGAGACUUACGACUAGGACUCUGGCUACACAUGUCACCAGCUGGGUAGCGGCGCCAUCAUCGUCCAGCUUGGAUGAGCUUCGGUUCUAUGAGAUCAAAUUUCUCUGGUCCAAUUCCUGCGUCAGGCACUUCUCAAUUUGAAGUUCAAACUCUCACCUUUUUUAAAAUGGCUGGCGAAGCGAAGAAGUCCAGUAGGAAAAAUUGGAAUAGGAGGGAGGAGGAGGAGAAAGAAGAAGAGGAGGAGAAGAUGGAUGCGUAUGAGAAGGCGAGAAAGGAAAGCCGAGAUAAGCUUUGGAAAUUGAUGAGGGCCAAAAAAGCCAAACAAGAUGAAAUGGAAAACGAAGAUGGUGACAAUAAAGGAGGACCCAAGAGAAAGAAGACGGACGAACCAUCAAGCAGCUCCGUGAUGGGUCCGAGCAACCCUGAAAAGAAAAGAAAGAAGGAUAACGACAGUGAAGAGGAAACAUGAGCAUAAAUUCGGAUGUACAGCUGGACGUGCAAAAUAUGCAGAAGAAUGCGAUUUACUAAUAAGUUCCUAGAAUUAGUUUUAUGCAAUUUAGCCCUACCUAAAUUCGGUGCGAAAUAUAGGGCGAGAGAACCGUGCCACGCCCCUCUACUCAAACCUAAAUUUAGGUUGAAAUGCAAAUUUAUAUAGUUAAUCUUUUUUAAACAGCAGCCGCAAAUAUGUUCAUAAUUUCCCUGUCUGUAGCCAUUUUGAUUCGUGUCCU